AUGCUUGUCAGCAUGGUGUUUGGCAUGUCGUUCUUGGACUUCAGCCCUUCAAACCAGCUUCAACACCUUGAGCUUUUUGCUGGGGAUUGCGCUGUAUCCCGGGCUGAACAAUGGGAAGGCCGAAAAGUUAUGGCCAUGGACAUCGCCUUUGGUGGAAGCAACAUGGACCUACUCUCCCCCCAAGGAUUCCUUGGAGCAAUCUAUCACGCAUGCAGACUCGAGCCUGGGAGCGGCGCGCUUGCUGCACCAGUGUGCAGUAGCUUUGUGUUCGUGAAUAGAGGCACUUCUCGAAGAAGUUCCAGCAGGCCAAUGGGAGAAGAGAGAUACCAAAGCGUGAGGGCUGGAAACGUACUUACGGCCAGAACAUUGAUUAUCAUGAUGAUUUGUCACGCCCUUGGAUGCUUUUGGUGUUUAGAACAACCAAAAGGGUCACUCAUGGAAGAGCUGCCAGUUUUCCAGCAAUUCCUGAAGAAAAUCCCUACUUGGAAGCAUUGCUUCAACAUGAGAGACUAUGGUGCUGCAUCCCAGAAACCCACGUGGCUCUAUGCAAGUGAGGAAAUCAUCAACGAGCUGCCUUGCUUCAAACCAAAAUGGUUACCAGAGAUACCAGCGGCCGAAAUGGUGGUGAAGUAUGUGGACGGGAGCGGCAAGGAGAGGGUGAAAG